AAAUCCAAGGAAGAAGUAGUUGUCAGAGAUGCUAAUUGCUACAAUGUCAUGACGCUCUUUGAGGAAUAUUUCAAGAUCUACAUAUCGCAUAACGCUGUGUUCAGGCUCGUUUGAAUGAAGAUCACCUGAUGUCCUCUUGGUGGCAUAGUGACUUGCCUCAAUCCACUCAAGAAAAAUCCACUAUUACGUUUGAAUGAUUGCAGAAGAGGAAAAAAAAUAGAGAGUGGUAGAUUAAGACGGGAGAAGAUGCCAAAUUUACUGUCACUCUCUCAGCAGCUGUAAUAGAAACCCCAUCAUAGUUGUGGUGAAGAAAGAGGAAUAAGGUGGCAUAAUAAGAGGAACAACUCCCACCGAGACCACUGAAGUCUACUGACAUACUAUUGCAAGAGUGAAGACAUGAGUGAUCCAAAACCACGCAUAAUGAAAAAUGAAGAUACUGAGGAACAAAUAGAUCUGAUGGAAGUGAAAGUGGAAAGUCAAGAACUGAAUGACGUGGAUCAGGAACACCAUCAGUAUCAUAAAUCUGAUCAUUUCACUGAUGAAGAAUCUGUUGUUUGCUCACAGACUGAAAAACAUUUGACGCGAAUAUGGACUCCAAGAACAAGAGCCAAAAACUCUUUCACAUGCCCUCAGUGUGAUAAGAGUUUUUCACAAAAAGUAGAUCUACAGAGGCACCUGAGAAUUCACACAGGAGAGAAGCCUUUCACAUGCACUCAGUGUGGAAAGAGUUUUGCAAUAAAACGAGAUCUUGAGAGGCAUCUAAGAAUUCACACAGGAGAGAAGCCAUUCACAUGUCUUCAGUGUGGAAAGAGUUUCACACAAGAAGGAAACCUUAACCGUCACAUGAGAAUUCACACUGAGGAGCAGCUUUUCACAUGCCUUCAGUGUGGAAAGAGUUUUGCACUAUACAGAGAUUUACAGAGACACCUGAGAAUUCACACCGGAGCGAAUCCUUUCACACGCCUUCAGUGUGGAAAGAGUUUCAAAGUAAAGAAAACUCUAAAGGAUCACAUGAAAAUCCGGACCGGAGAGAAGCCUUUCACAUGCACUCAGUGUGGAAAGAGUUUUACACAAAAAGCAAGCCUAAAGGAUCACAUAAGAAUUCACACUGGCGAGAAGCCCUUCACAUGCCUUCAGUGCGGAAAGAGUUUCACACAUGCAACAACUCUCAAAAAUCAUCUUCAGUAUCACUCUGGAUUAAAACCAUUUAACUGUGAUCAGUGCAGCAAAGAAUUUACAUUGGCAUCUCAGCUAAAGAUGCACCUGAAAACUCAUUCAAAUGAAAAGACUUAUGUGUGUUCUUUUUGUGGAAAGGGUUUUUCAUGGUUGAGCAAUUUUAAUAUGCACCAAAUAAUACAUACCGGUGUGAAAGCUCAUGUAUGCUCAGAGUGUGGUAAAGCUUUUAUCAGAGCUUAUGAAUUGGAACGUCACCAAAGAAUCCAUACUGGAGAAAAACCUUACAAGUGCUUACAUUGUGGAAAGAGUUUCAUUGUGUUAGGAAAUUUGAAAACCCAUGAGAGAGUGCAUACUGGAGAAAAGCCAUACCACUGCACUUCAUGUGGGAAGAGUUUCACCCAAUCAAGUAAUCUACAGACUCAUCUAAAAAAGCAUUGUCCAAAGUUGUCAUACUGAGCAAAGUUCAUUUUCAGGGUCAACGCUUUCAAGUAAACAGUGUGAAAUUCAGAUAAUCACAAAGAUUAAAUUUCUUGAUUGGAAAUAAUAUCUUAUGUUACUGCUUCAUACACCCAGUUCUGGUAUACCUGAAGAGAAACAGAUGUAGCUCUCUGAACAAAUGAGAGGAGCAUGAAGUAUAUAUUUUAUAAAUUAAAUAUUUUGUUUUAACCUCUUCGCACAUGAGUGUACUGACUAGUCCUGCAGCAUGAAAAAAGUGUCACCUUACGCUUCGCAGCAGGCACACAGGAGGACAGAUUAUACACUGACUGUUGCAUACUCUAAUAUUUAGUUGAACCGCCUUUAGCUUUGAUUACGCCAUGCAUUCAUUCGAGCAUUGUUUCGAAAACCUUAUGCAACAACACAACAUUUAUUUCUGUCCAGAGUUGCAUUCAUUUUUGGCCGAAAUCUUGUAUUGAUGAAGGGAGAGCUGAACCACUCUGUAAAGUCUUCUCCAGCACAUCCCAAAGACUUUCAAUUGGGUUAAGGUCAGGACUCCAUUGAUGUGAUAACCUGGUCAUUCAGUAUAUUCAGGUAGUCAGCUGACUUCAUUUUAUUGCUGAGCCUCGACCUGACCAAUUGAAGCAACCCCAGAUCAUAACACUGCCUCCAGAGGCUUGUACAGUGCAUGGGCACUAAGCAUUACGGGUGCAUCGCUUCAUGCGCUUCCCUUCUUACACUGACAUUUGUUAAAUCUGGACUCAUCAGACCACAUGACCUUGUUCCAUUGCUCCGCAGUCCAAUGUUUAUGCUCCUUAGCAAAUUGAAGUUGUUUUUUCCAAUUAGCCUCACUAACAAGUGGCUUUCUUGUGGCCACACAGCUGUUUAGACCCAAUCCUGUAAGUUAUCUUCGCAUUGUGCAUGUGGAAAUGCUCUUACUUUCACUAUUUAUUAUUAUUUUUUAUUUUUUUUUUGGUUUUCUCCACUUUUUCUCCCCAAUUUGGAAUGCCCAAUUCCCAAUGCACUCUAAGUCCUCAUGGUGGCGUAGUGACUCGCCUCAAUCCGGGUGGUGGAGGAUGAAUCUCAGUUGCCUCUGCGUCUGAGACCGUCAACCCGCGCAUCUUAUCACGUGUAUGUUGAGCGCGUUACCGCGGAGACAUAGCGCGUGUGGAGGCUUCUCGCUAUUCUCCGCGGCAUCCAUGCACAAUUUGCCACACGCCCCACCGAGAGCGUACCAGAUAUAGCAACCACGAGGAGGUUACCCCAUGUGACUCUACCCUCCCUAGCAAUCGUGCCAAUUUGGUUGCUUAGGAGACCUGGCUGGAGUCACUCAGCACGCCAGGGGUGGUAGUCAGUGUCUUUACUCGCUGAGCUACCCAGGCCCCCCUCUGACUUUCACUAUUAAAUAUAGCCGUGAGUUCUACUGUCGAUUUUUUACGAUGUGACUUCAAGUGUUUUAGUUUGUGAUCAUUUCCGACCACAUACCUUCCGCGAAGCUGACAGUUCACCACUAUCCUUCCAGAUUUUAAUAAUGUGUUGAACAGUUUUAACCCAAUUCCAGUGAUUUCAGAAAUCUCCUUAGUUGUUUUCUUUGCUUGAUGCAGGCCAAUAAUUUGGCCCUUCUGAAACACAGUAACAUCUUUUCCACGACCAUGGGGUACGUCUUCCGAUAUGGUUGUUUAAGAAAUGAGGAACAACACUGCAUCAGUUAGGGUUAAAAGAAUUGUUGCCAGCUGAAACAUUAAUUACUGCAAUAAUGAUCCAAUCAUUGGCUCUUAAGUGUCUGCUUAUUUAAAUCCAAACCAGGCAGUGUAUAUCAUUAAAUGUAUAAUGUGAUUUUAAGAAUGUUUUAUAAUGAGUGAUUGAUUGACAAGAUGUGAUUGUGAAUGUGAUUACUGCUAUGUGCACAGCCAUGUUGUUUACAUUGCAAUGCUGCAUGGUAUUUUAAUUCUUCAUAGCGAAUAUGGUUCUCACUUGUUGCACCGGAAGUGGUGACCAAUGAACUCUGAGAAGGCUCAAGUGGAUUAUGUUGGAACCUAAAACAUUCUUUGUUUGAUGUCAAAAAAACAUCAGCAUAUCAGUACAUCCAGCUCAAAUGGUAAUGGCUUUAAAAUUUUAUCCCAGUACUCCUAUGAUUAAUUUAAUGUUUGUAACACAAAAUAAAGGUAUUGUGAUGUUGAAAA